AUGAUUCAGAGUGCCAAGAGAUGUGUAAGGAAGACCAUUGGGAAGGCACGAUUGACAUAUGAUGAGUUGAUUACCAUAAUAGCAGAAGUUGAGAUAAUUCUGAACUCUAGACCAUUAUCAUACAUAGAGUCUGACGACAAUGAGCAACCAUUGACACCCUCUCAUUUGAUCAUUGGACGUCAAGUAAUAAAUUUACCUUCAGUGGAAUCCGAUAACAGUUUUGAGGAAGAAUUCAGGAUCACUAUAGAGGAAUUGCAUGAUAGAAUGAAGUAUUUUCAUUUCUUACUCAAUCACUUCUGGAAGAGAUGGCGCAGUUCGUAUUCGAUUAAAUUAAGAGAUACCCAUCGUCAUUCACCUCUUAAGCUUAACCAAUCUGGAAGGAUUAACAAGGGAGAUGUCGUCCUUAUCCAUAAUGAAGAAUUGCCCCGAGGCCAAUGGAGACUAGGAGUUGUGGAAUCCCUGUUCAAGGGUAUUGAUAGAUUCAUUAGAGGCGUUUCGGUAAGAACCCACUCACCUGGAGGACAAAUAACUACAUUAAGAUGCCCAAUACAAAAGCUCUAUCCUCUUGAAGUAUCUGCAACCUCUGAAGGAGAACCGAUCGAAUGUUCAACUGUUGUUAAUAGCCCUAAAGUCUGA